UGUCUAGGUCCUAAUACGUCAGGGUGCAAAGUUCAUGCGGUGAGAGGUAAAGUGGGUAAAGCGUGUAAGACAGUAAUUUUAACCGGUUUCGUAAAGUGCGAAAUAAGACUGGAGACUGGAGCCGUUGUCGCAAAAAACAGUCCCCCGUAACCACCAACAGAAAUGUCAUAUUGCAGGCAAGAGGGCAAAGACAAAAUCAUCUUCGUGACUAAGGAGGACCAUGAAGCCCCCAGCAAUGCCGAGCUAGUAGCAGAUGACCCCAAUGACCCUUACGAAGAUCACGGCCUGAUCCUACCAAAUGGGGACAUCAACUGGAACUGCCCUUGCCUGGGUGGUAUGGCCAGUGGACCCUGUGGUCAGCAGUUCAAAGAAGCCUUCUCUUGUUUCCACUACAGCAAAGAGGAGGUGAAGGGCUCGGAGUGUGUGGAGAACUUCCGCAACAUGCAAGAGUGCAUGCAGAGGUACCCAGAGCUGUACCCUCAAGAUGAUGACAAUGAACCGUCCAAAGAGACAGAUGAUGCUGCUGCCCCGACAGCGACAGAUGAAACUGCCCCCACCAAUGAAAAAGACUCUGGCCCAGCAGAAUCCUCACCCACUUCGGAAGAACCAACACCCACAGCCAGCCCGCCCAAAAGUUAACGCUGUAUGCUCUAAAACUGUGCUGAGCCUGACCAGUGUGAAUCAGUGUGUACGAGACAAAGGCUGUGUGUUGCUGGGCAGAAGAAGGAAUCACACCGGAACCCUUGUGGAGGACAAUCCCGACAAGAGUGCUGGAACUCACUGGUUGGCGUGCUGGACACAUAAAGACUCAUAGACAUGGGUUGAAUUUUCUGUUUUCCCUCCACUGAGGUUAUCAAUUAGGGUCCAGAAAUCAAAUAUAUGGGCGAAAUAAAGAAAUUCUUUUACAGCAUAUGGUAAGGUUGAUGUGCACUUAAAGCUUCUAGAAAUGUCCCAAAUCACAUAAAGUUAUUGUGAGUAUUUAUGAGGGGUAGGUCAUUGCUUAAAUGAUGCUUAUGCAAAAGGCUGUCAGUGCUCAUGUUAGUGCUAAUACUGAUUGAGUGGUGCUCUGUAGCCUCACAGGUCACUGUGUGUCUGUCUCUUACUGUUACUCUUGAUUGUGCAAGUCAUCAUGUUUCUUUCAGUGUUUGAAGAAUUAUUGUCUGUCUUCUGAUAUACUGAUAUUGAGAUCUUUCAUUACAUAUUUUCUUACUGACAAAAUCACAAGAGUACGUGUUCAGUUUACAGUGACACAUACUGAGCAGAUGGAUGGCAACACGAUUCUCUAGCCAGAAACACUGAAGGUCGUCACACUAACUCUUGAACAGAAUCAUCAUAAGUGCUGCUGCAGCUGACAGAGACUUUUCCACAGUUUUUUGCCUGUGCUCACUUCUUUCAAGCAAAGCCUUAAUGAAGUGUCCCCCCUUACCCUUGAAAUAAUUUCAAAUUAAACAAACAUAAACUAUG